AUGGUCAAGCCCUUCUCAAAGUCCAAGCGCACGCCGAACCCCCAAUGGAAGUCGCGGUUAAAGAAGGACCCCGGAAUCCCAAAUCUGUUCCCAUUCAAGAACAAAAUCCUCGAAGAGAUUGAAGAGAGGAAGAGACUGAAAGCAGAAAAUGCGCAGAGGCUGCGGGAUGCUGCCAAAGAGAAGAAGAAAGGGGGCAAAGAUGUGCCGCCCACGGAAACCGCCCAAGAUGAUGAUGACGAUCUCAUGGAAGAUGAUGACGAUGUCACUGAUGAAGAAAUGGAUGAAGAAGACGACACAAACACUGGAGCGAAUCCUUUGACUGCUUUGGUCGCGUCCGCACAAGCAAGAGCGGCCGAAUUUGAUGGAUGGACCGUUUCGGGAGACAUCGGCGCAGAGCACGAAGAUGACGAUGAAAGCGGGGUUCAAAUCUCAGAGACAGCGACGACCGACCACAGAUAUCCAGAUUCCUCAAGGAAAGCCUUCGAUAAAAUCUUCAAACAGGUUCUCGACGCUGCAGAUGUGGUACUCUAUGUGUUAGAUGCCCGAGACCCUGAGGGCACACGAUCACGAGAGGUGGAACGACAGAUUAUGUCUGCAGAGAGUGGUUCCAAACGAUUAAUCCUCGUUUUGAACAAGAUUGACCUCGUACCUCCCCCGGUCCUGAAGGGUUGGCUGACACAUCUACGACGAUAUUUCCCCACGGUCCCUCUCCGGGCAUCGACUCCUGCAUCCAAUGCUCACACCUUCGACCACAAACAACUUACUCUCAAAGCGACAUCCGAAUCACUCCUACGCUCACUGAAAUCAUACGCAGCCUCGAAACAGCUGAAAAGAUCCAUUUCUGUCGGUGUCAUCGGAUAUCCCAACGUGGGAAAGUCGUCCAUUAUUAAUGCUUUGACUUCACGGUUGAAUAAAGGAACCCCAAGCUUCGCCUGCCCGGUUGGAUCCGAAGCAGGAGUUACUAGAAGCUUGAGAGAAGUCAAGGUCGACAGCAAACUGAAGAUCCUUGAUUCCCCGGGAAUAGUCUUCCCGGCAACAGUGGAUGGUGAAGACAAAGAAGACAAACAACGGCGAAGAGCCGAACAUGAAGCACGAUUGAUUCUUCUCAACGCUUUACCACCCAGCCAAAUCUCCGAUCCCAUUCCAGCGGUCAAUCUCCUUCUCUCCAGAUUGUCCACCUCCGAAGCAUUGUAUGAGAAGCUGCUGUCGCAUUAUGGAAUUGCCGCGUUGGGCUCUUUUGCGAAAGGAGACAAAACCACUGAUUUUCUGGUUCAGGUGGCGCGAAAGAGGGGCAGACUAGGGAAAGGCGGCGUCCCCAACUUGAAUGCGGCGGCAAUGACUGUUAUGGCAGACUGGAGGGACGGAAGGAUACAGGGUUGGAUUGAGCCGCCGGUUUUGAAGGUCGCAGACGAUGCACCAAUGGCCGAGGUCGGAGAAGACAAAGCUUUGGCUGUGGGUGCAGACAGAAAACAAAUUGUCAAAGAAUGGGCAGCUGAGUUCAAGCUGGAGGGACUUUGGGGUGACGAUUAUGACCACGAACAGGGAACCUCCAUGGCAAAUGACGCUAUGCAGAUAGAAUCGUAA